AAGAAAGUUGAAGACAGCAAGGAAACGUUCUUGAAUUUUCCCUUGUAUUCACUCCAAAAUCCCCAUCAACGACUGUUUCUUCUUCAACAAUUACUAGGUUUUUUCUUUUUCUUUUCUUAGAAUUAACGGCUCUUUCUCCCCUUUGUCUUCCCUUGUAGGUUUUCUGUUUUGUUCUGUUCUUUCUUUGCUCUGUUGUGUUUUGGACAGUGUUUGGUUUGGUUUUAUGUCUGAAACAACCAAGAUGUUGGAAGAGAAGAACGGUGGCUCAGAGUUUGGUGACACCACCUACACCAAGAUCUUUGUCGGAGGUUUGGCUUGGGAGACAAAAUCCGAUUCCCUGAAACGUUAUUUUCAACAGUUCGGGGAGAUUCUUGAGGCUGUUGUGAUCACUGAAAAAAGUACAGGAAGAUCAAAAGGCUAUGGCUUUGUGACGUUUAAGGAUGCUGAUUCAGCUAGAAAAGCCUGUCAAAAUCCUUCUCCAGUCAUCGACAACAGAAGAGCAAACUGCAAUCUUGCAUUCCUUGGUGCUCAAAAGAAUCGUCCUACCCGUGUCCCCCAACAUGGAAUGGAGAAAUUGAGGCCAUGGUCAAGAUCUCCGGCACCAUCCGGUCCAUUUUUCCGGCAACUCAACCCACCAUAUGGAUUUCCUUACAUUGCUGCAUAUGAGUAUCCAACAGGGUAUCCAUUACAUGACAUAUAUGCAAUGGACUACUACGGUCUUUAUGGGGGACUGCAGAUUCCAUCUGGGUCUCAUGGAGUUUAUUUGAAUUACUAUCCAUUCUAUCCUCAGCAGGCACAGAGCAGAGCAACUCAGCACCCCAAAGUCGUUCAGUACCCAUUUUGGUCUCAGCAAAAUCAUGCUUCCGGGACCUUUCCGGCUUCAGUUUCUUCUCCAUCAAUGCCUGUUACUACGGAACAGGGGACAGCAGUGGCAGCAGCAUUGUCAGGAACUAACCCUUGACAAAAUUCAGCAAGGCUAAUUCUUCCUAGUGAACGAUAGCAUUUAUACCAUUCUAUUACAACGGAAUGUAGAAACAAUCAGAAGGGAUACAACAGAAAACAGAAGUAGAUGCUUGACAGGAGGAGAAUAGACCAUACAAGUAUUCACACUUCACGAUAUUGUUAAGGUAGCAUUUUCUUUAGACAUAGAUUGUAAUAUAUUCUUUCUCAGGUGAAAUAAAUUACAAGAAAAUUUUAUCUCCUCAUAAUUUUGUUCUUGGGUAACCGAGCUUGGUAAAUUUUCAAGCUAUGGAGUCAGAAAUUCCCAGAACUGCAAAAGAGAAGCCAUUAGAUGAGAGACUGAACUUUAGAGUCUCCGGUUCAAUAGACGAACUGCCAAACU